CACGAUCACGCCGUCGCAAUGGAUCAAUGCGAGCUCAACACAUAACUGGCCCUCGAAUCUAUCGAUCGUCACGAAUUCCUCUUCGUACGAGCCACCGCGCGCGUGUCGCAAGGGCGCAACAAAUCGACGUGCCGCUCACGCACACGAACGACGACUGUCUCCUUAACAACAGGAGUUCCUUGUUGAGUGGAUAUCAGAACAAGAGGCUCAGGGGUUCCCUCCUACGCACGCUCGUACGCGUGAGAUGACAACUCGAAUUUCUUAUCUUAAUCACUAUAAAAAGUAACGGACACGGAUCGGCAGACUUAGAGCAUGCAGUGUUCAUUGGAUGCUGGAAGAUGACAAAGCCUUCGAUAUAUGUGACACUCCCCAAGCCUUUCUCGAACAGAACAUACCAUGUUCCAAAUUCUGGAUCCUCGCCGCCCAGCUUCCAGACCCCCGGGUCCUGGUGAAAGCAUUCAAUUACUAUUUUGAUGAAGUCCAUUGGCGCUAUAACGUCGGUCAAAGAUGCUACAUGGACAAGCGGCUUGAGCAGUGGACGACUGUUGUGGGGACUCCCGCUUCGCAACAGACCAGCAUCAACAAGGAUACGCCGUACUUUGUGGCAUUCUCUUUCGAGCUACUUGCUGUCAUCCUCCAAUGUAUGCGGCCUGAUCGAGAAAUCGCUCGCAUUCUCCAUGCGACUAACGGAAGAGCGGCUGCCAACAUGUCUCGGAGGUAUAACUAUGUAGCCUCUGAGGUGAUGCUGCUACUUGGUCGACACGAUGGCACGAUCACGGUCGUCGAAUACGAUUUGCUCAGAGCGAGCUGGUUGAAGAACAAUGGCCGUGGAGUCGAAAGUUGGUAUGCUAUCAGUGACGGCGUUAGACAAGCGCAACAAUUGAACCUCCACCGCGCGCCACGGCUUGCUACAAAGAAUCCUGACUCGUUGAAGAAUCUCGAGCAGUUUUGGUCCCAGGAGUACGCAACACGAACCUGGAUCAACAUCUUUUGCUGGGAUACAGGGACCGCGCUGAACUUAGGCCAACCACGCAUCAUCAACGCAAAAGACUGUGACGUCAACCUCCCUCUCGAUUGUCCAUCUCCUGUUAAUCCAUCUCAAACCGUACCAAUCCCUAAGGACGAACACACACCUUCGCCUCUUUCUUUGCUUCUCAUCCGUUAUGCAAUUGCUAGGAAAGUUCAUGAGACCCGAAAGUUUGGCCUGGACAAACCCACUGCGAAAUAUGACUCGAUAUGGGCCUUCCAUGAGGAGCUCAACAACCUCUUCAAUGAAUUACCUCCAUAUUUUAACCCAAACAAGCCUGCAACAUAUUUGGACUCCAGUUUCUCGUACCUUCCUCUACACCGAGAAGAGGCGCUGAGCCAGCUGAACCUCAUCAUCAUGGAGCUACAUCGGCCUUUCAUCGCAGCACAGCCGCAAAGCCGCAUCGCUGCGAUGAAUGCCUCCAUUGGUUCCAUCGAUAACCAACAGGCUCUUAUGAACUUUUCAGGACGACACCAUUACACUUACUUUGGCUUUGGUUUCUAUACCGCUAAUGCAGCGAUCAUGCUUGCUGCCAUCGCUCAUGUCCACCCAAGCAAAAGCCAAACUCAGCUGAUUGAAAAGAAAAUGAAACAAGCUUUGUCGAUUCUGAUCAACAUAAAAAGCACUAACGUAGUCGCUCGAGCGGCAAUUCCUAUUGUAAAGCGCUUGUACGAGAAAGUGCAGAGUUCUCUUUGCCAGAGUAUGUUCCGCUUUCCAAACCUUGUGAGCACAGAAUCAACACCGAGCCGAGAUAGUGGCUAUGUGCCAACGAUAGCUUCUCUGAUCGAUUCAUAUCUUGCUGCACCAAUCAACACUGACUUCAUGAUCAACAACGCUAUAUAUCCACCACUCCAAGAUCCCUCAGGUUUACCUGAUUGGGACGAUAUGCCACACGUUAACAAUUAUGACGCCGCGUUCUGGCUCGAUCAACUGCACAGGCUCCCGGAGAAUUUGACGCUGAAUAGUGCCAUAAAUUCAGAUACAUUAUGGUCAUGAAUGUUCUGGAAAGGACAAAGAGCUGAUCUUGUCGUUGGCAACGUGCUGCUGAGCAGCCCUUCCGUACACUGUUUUCUCAACGAGAAGCCAA